AUGUGCGAGCAGGCAGCGCGCUACUGCCGGGCCGGGGUGCAGAAGCUGCUGCGGAAGCCGGCGCCGGCGCUGCGCGGGCUGGACGGGCUGCUGCGCUGGGCGGCGGGCAGGAUGGGCGACAAGGGCCUCGCCGACAGGGAGCUGCUCGCCCCGGGCGCCGCCGCCCAGAGGAAGGGCACCUCCGUCAUCCUCGAUAUUUUCAGAAGAGCUGACAAAAAUGAUGAUGGGAAGCUGUCCCUGGAGGAGUUCCAGGCCUUCUUUUCUGAUGGGACACUCAAUGAAGAAGAACUUGAGAAGCUCUUUCAUACCAUUGACUCAGACAACACCAACAAUGUGGACACCAAGGAGCUGUGUGACUAUUUUGUUGACCAUAUGGGAGACUAUGAAGAUGUUUUGGCCUCCCUGGAGAUGCUGAACCUCUCCAUCCUGAAGGCCAUGGACUACACCAAACGGGUGUACGAGAGUGGCAGCAACGUGGACCAGUUCGUGACCCGCUUCCUGCUGAAGGAGACGGCGAACCAGACCCAGUCCCUGCUGAGCUCUGUGGAGAGUGCUGUGGAUGCCAUCGAUGAGCAAACCAACCCCACAAGGCACUAUCCCAGCAAGGAUGGUCACAGCCUGAGUGACACCUGGUAUGACAACCCCGUGCCCAGCUACUCUCCCGCCACCUGGAUGGUCCCCAGGGAGCAAGGAAAGAGCUUCCAAACUGGUUCCCCCGACACCAAGGCAGAGGGGCUGGAGGGGCAGAUCAACAGGCUGGCCAAGCUGAUCGGCAAGCUGGAGGACAAGACCCUCUGGUUUGACCUGCACCAGCGGCUGUCAGACAGCGAGAGCACGGCUUGCACGUACCUGCUCCUGGUGCGGAAUGAGAUGACGGUGUCACACAAGCACCUGGGCGAGUUCUGCAGCUCCCUGAAGCAGUACCUGAAGAGUGUGGCCGGCGAGCGGGACUGCUUCCAUGUCACCGCAGUGAAACUGCCUGAUGGGGUCACCUUCAUCGUCUACGAGUUCUGGGAGACUGAGGAGGACUGGAAGAGGCACCUGCAGAGUGCCACCUGCAAGGGCUUCCAGCACGUGAAGGUGGACACGCUCAGCCAGCCUGAGGCCAUCUCCAGUGUGGCCGUGCCAGCUGCCUGGUGCACCCUGAGCCGAGAGUGA